UAUCUUGUCCGCACUCACUCGUCAUUAGGGUUUCUAUAUAUAUUUCUAAAAAGGCGAAAUCGUCCCGCCGCCGCUCUCAGAUUGCACCUCGAAGCUUGCCGUUCUCGGUUCGUAUCUUCAUUAGGGCCCUUCAUUAGCCAUGGCGGAGCAGACUGAGAGGGCCUUCCUCAAGCAACCGAAAGUGUUCUUAAGUUCAAAAAAGCCUGUAAAGGGUAAUAGGCCUGGGAAGGGUGGGAAUCGAUUUUGGAAGAAUAUUGGUCUUGGCUUCAAGACACCUAGGGAGGCCAUUGAAGGGACCUACAUUGACAAGAAAUGCCCAUUUACUGGUACUGUCUCUAUAAGAGGUCGCAUCUUAGCAGGCACAUGCCACAGUGCUAAGAUGAAUAGGACAAUCAUUGUUCGUCGGAACUACCUUCACUAUGUGAAGAAGUAUCAGCGGUACGAGAAAAGACACUCCAACAUUGCUGCACAUAUUUCACCAUGCUUCCGUGUGAAGGAAGGUGAUCACGUUAUCAUUGGACAAUGCAGGCCAUUGGCAAAGACUGUGCGGUUCAAUGUGCUGAAAGUUAUCCCAGCUGGGUCUAGCGGUGGCUCCAAAGGAAAGAAAGCAUUUGCUGCAGCUUGAGGUUGUCUCCAGUAUUCUGAAGCAUCACUCAGUAGUUGGAAGAUCAUGCUAGUUUUGUGUUUAGCUUUAAGUGCAUCAUUACAGUACUCUUUUCUUAAGACUGUGAUCGGAUUUUGAGGCUUCUAAUUAAAACUGAAGUGUUAAAAACAUCUGAACUAUUUCAUUUUAAUUUUUUUAGCAAUUUGAUCUUUCUUUUUUGUUUCA